AUAUUAUCAACGUUGAAAAUAGGAUGAGUAAUCGUUUGAAAGAACUGAGGUAUAAUUGAACCUUAACUUACAAAGGAGUUAUAAUAGAUGUGUUACAAUUUGGUUGAUAAAUGUCAAUAAGAAAUAUUAAUACCGUGAAAGGUAUCUCGUAUUGAAAUUUUGAAACGCCUGCCUGUAUACAUACACGUGUGACGUUCUUCACUCGUAUGAUACACCCAAAAUGUUUAAUGGCUGCCAACUCAUCGAUAUGUUGACGGUUUACUGUUAAAAGUCUGAUAUUGUUAAAAACUUCGUCUGAAGUCUUUUUAACGUAGUUUUAAGAAAUUGCUUAAAAAUGAAAAACGUAAUAUUUCUGCUUGUGACGUUGAUCACACAUGUAAGUUGUAUUAGAUUCUACCUUGAACCAAAUUCAAUGAAAUGUCUAAAGGAAGAAGUUCAAGCAAACGUCCUAGUUGCCGGAGAAUAUGAAGUCUCAGCUACUCCGUCUGUUAAAACUGAAUAUACCAUAAGGGAUUCCAAAGGACAUAUUCUUUCAAGAAAGGAAGAUAUACCUCAUGGAAGAUUGUUAAAAUUCUCAUUUGUUACUGAAAUAUAUGAUACCUUUGAGAUUUGCUUUAAAUCAUAUGCUAUACAACCAUCUUUCUCAGGCAAUAUUAAACAAAUUAAACAGGAAAUUCACUUAAUCACAAAACGUGGUAUAGAAGCAAAAAACUAUGAAGGACUGAUAGGUGAAGCAGCAAAACUAAAACCUUCUGAGGUAGAACUGAAACGUUUAGAGGAUUUAUCUUAUGCUAUUGUUCAGGAUUUUGCUCGAAUGAGAAAGAACGAGGAGGAAAUGAGAGAUACUAAUGAGGCAACAAAUACUCGAGUAUUGUAUUUCAGUAUAUUCUCCAUGUGUUGGCUUUUGGUACUCUCUACUUGGCAGGUUCUCUAUUUAAGACGUUUCUUCAAAGCAAAGAAGCUCAUUGAGUAAAUAGCAAUAGAAAAGAAUGGAACUUAUCAAAUUUACAAUUUUUACACUUUACAAAAUUUUAUUUAUUUGCUCGUGUCUUUUUUUUAAAUAAAUAAUAAAAUAUAGAUUAUCCGAAUCGUCAGAAAAAAUCGAUUUAUAAAGAACAAAUUUGAAAAGAAAUAAUUUCUUUCAGUAAAACAGUAAAUGUAAGUCGUUUCAAUUUAUUUAGCUUCUAUUUAAUUGUGAAUUAUUAAUAAAUAAAUUGUAUUUGUAUUCGAUUUAAGGGGUGGAUAAUAAAUACUGAUAUAUUUUAAGACGAAAGAUCAA